ACUGCGUCUUCGUGCCGCCAAAGAUCGGGGGUGGACAGACCCCCAAUAGUGACACGUCGAUUAGUGAAUUGUCCGCUUUCGGUUUUCGAGAGGGCGCCGUGGCCGAUAUUUACCAGGCUUGCGCCCGCCAUGUUUGGGCCCGAAGUCGUUUUCACUAAACCACGUUUUACUAAAGGGAGGUCUGUCCAUCCCCGAAAAGAGCUGGCAGGUGUCGCGGGAGGACAUCAUGACGAUGAUGCGGGCGCAGGGCUGCUUCUCCCAGGAGACGCUCGACUUCCUGAGGCGCGUCCUCGAGCGCUCCGGCACGAGCGACCGAACCCACUGGCCGCCGUGCAUGAUCCCCUGCCGGGACGGGGCCACGCCUGCGGAGAUCACCGUCGACGCCGCCCGGGAGGAGGCGAAGGCCGUCCUCUUCCCGCUGGUGAAGGAGGCCCUGCACAGGUCGGGGCUGUCGCCCACCCAGGUUGACAUCCUGAUCGUCAACUGCUCCCUCUUCGUCCCCACCCCGUCGCUCUGCGCGCUGGUGUGCAACGAGUUCCGGAUGCGGGAGGACGUCCGGACGUACAACUUGGGCGGCAUGGGCUGCUCCGCAAACGUGGUGGCCGUGGACCUGGCCCAGGAGCUGCUCCAGAACAGCCCGGGCUCGCGGGCGCUCGUCAUCUCCACCGAGAACCUGACGCAGAACCUGUACACCGGCAACGACAAGUCGAUGCUGCUCCAGAACACGCUCUUCCGCUGCGGCGGCUGCGCACUCGUGCUCUCGAGCCGCAGGCGGGACUGCCUCCGCGCCAAGUACAAGCUCCUCUACACCUUUCGCGCCCAGGUGUCUGAGGAUAAUUCCUACGGCUGCGUUUACCAGCGCGAGGAUGCCACUGGCAACAAAGGGGUGGCCCUCUCAAAGGACAUUGUUACUGUGGCGGGCAAGGCGAUGAAGCGUAAUUUCAUCCAGCUGGGACCGCACGUGUUGCCGCUGCGGGAACAGGCGAAGGUCGUCCUGAACAGGAUUGUCAUCACCUUAGUCUCCGCGUGGAAGCAAAGGAGGCUGCCCUUUGCUGAGCGCCUGAGCGCGCCCGCCGGCUACAUGCCGAACUUCAGCAAGGGCAUCGACCACUUCUGCAUCCACGCCGGCGGUCGCGCAGUGAUCGAGGGAGUCCAGAAGAACUUGCACUUGAGAGAAGACCAGGUGUCCCCUUCCGUGCAGACGCUCUUCGAGUGGGGCAACACGUCCUCGUCCUCGAUCUGGUACGAGGCCGACUGGGUGGAGCGCCACGGUGGCCUCAAGCGGGGCGACCGCGUCCUGCAGAUUGCCUUCGGCAGCGGGUUCAAAUGCAACUCUGCCGUCUGGCUCACGCUCCGGGUGGACGACUCCAAGCGUGGGGUGCCGUUGAGGCCCGCGGAGGAGUAGGUGGUGACUUCCCAGAGAUCCAACGUAUUGGACCCCGCAUUGAAAAAAACACGACAUCGGAUCUCUGGGUUUGACACAUUACAGCACGUGCGGGCGUCGGCGCAUCGUGAGAUGCGAGGGCGUUGGCGGGUGUGCUCCAAUCGCCUGCAAUUCGUGUGACCAGUCUUCUGGCAAAAGGGUCGUGCGACAGAUCUGGAG